GAACAGUUCAUUCGCCACUACCGCUGCUUUUCCACUUCGGUGACGCCUCAGAGUUCUAUAUAGAGUCUUUGCCUUGACUUUCAGUCCUGCUCUGUCAAGCGAAAAUGUUCGACUCGUUAGGAACACCAGCAGCUACACAGCAGCCAUGCCCUAGGCAACAGGGCGCAGAAGACGCCAAACCAUCACAAUGGCGAUACAUUGUGCAGAACUUUACACCAGCGUAGGAAUCCAAACCCAACCCACUGAGACAUCUACUAACGCACCUCCAGCUGGUUCUCUGUGAACAUGGGAACAGGGAUUGUAUCGAUUCUUCUCCAUACUCUGCCCUACAACGGAACAUGGCUUUACUGGAUAUCGGUCCUAAUAUUCGCCCUCAACGUGCUCCUCUUCGGCAUCUUUCUCUCGAUAACCGCCGUCCGUUAUAUCCUCUACCCUGACAUUUUCCCUGUCAUGGUGACCCAUCCAGCUCAGUCUCUCUUCCUUGGCACGCUGCCCAUGGGCUUCGCUACGAUCGUGAACAUGUUUGUGUUCGUCUGCGUCCCGGCUUGGGGUGAAUGGGCUGCCUACCUCGCCUGGGCUAUGUGGAUCGCAGACGCUGUUGUGUCCGUCCUGACGUGUUUCGGGAUCCCAUUUAUCAUGAUGACACGAAAGUCCGAAGCAAACCUUUCUGCAAUGGGAGCCGCCUGGUUACUACCGAUUGUAUCAUGUGUAGUCGCCGCAGCGUCAGGGGGCAUAGUCGCCGAAAUCCUGCCUAAUUCCCAAUAUGCCCUGGCUACCAUUCUCGCCAGCUAUAUCCUCUGGGGCGUGGGAGUUCCGCUCGCGCUCAUGGUGAUAGUCAUCUACCUCCAGCGCCUGAUGCUGCACAAGCUGCCCCCAAAGGCGAUUAUCGUCAGCACUUUCCUACCUCUCGGUCCUCUUGGCCAGGGAGGAUACGGAAUCCAAAAACUAGGAAACGUCGCCCGCGAAGUUUUCCCAAAGACGCAUACCCUUCAUCCCGGAACAGGAGAGACACUAGACGACAUGGGUUUCCUGAUGGGACUGCUGCUCUGGGCCUUUGGCUCACUCUGGCUCUUCUUCGCCGUGGGAUCCAUCCUCCGCGUCCGGAACUUCCCUUUCAAUCUCGGCUGGUGGGCGUUUACUUUCCCGCUGGGGGUGUUCACGACAUGCACGACGCAGCUUGGGCGGGAUUUGCCGUCGAGGUUUUUUGCUGUUUUGGGAACGGUUUUCUCCGUGUGCGUGGUCUUGUUGUGGAUUGUGGUUUCAGCGCUCACCGUUCAUGGUAUCUAUAACCAGACUCUGUUCGUGGCGCCUUGUCUGAAAGAUCUACGCGAGAAGCGAGAGCGUACUGAGACUGAGAGGUGAUAAUAGUUCUGCCGCAUCUCAAGCAUUUAAAAGAUAUUUUUGUUCUAUUUGCCAAAACCGUAUACUUAAUAUCCGAGCCCGUUCUAGCAAGAUAGACUAAUAAUACACUGCAAUAAUUCCU